GCUACAAAUUGCGGAUUACUAAUCCAGCUCAGGAGUCCCUCUCUCUCGAGUCGGGGGAACAGCUUUUCGAGCGACGACUGCCUCAGCAUCGUUCGCUCGAAGGGUUAAAUUCCGCGUAAUCGCAAAUUCUCUCUCUCAUCUCGAUAGAGUUCUCGACGAGGAGGAGCAGAAGAGGAUGCCUCGCAAUUCAUCAAGAAAAGGUCCCUCCAAUUCUGCUACCUCCACCAAUUCUUCCUCGGCGGUCGAUCUCUUUCGCUCUGCUUUUUUUUUUGUUAUAGAAUUUGUGGUGGAGCUAGAUUGGCGUGUCAUUCCAAGGAUAAGGCUUGAAUGUUGUGCUUAGCUACAGGUAAAGCUGCCAGCAAGGAGCUGGAGCGAAUCGAUCAGCUCUUCUUUUCAUAUGCAAAUAAUUCAUCUGGAUUAAUUGACCCUGAAGGAAUUGAAUCUUUUUGUUCUGAUUUGGAGGUGGAUCAUACUGAUGUCCGGAUAUUAAUGCUGGCAUGGAAAAUGCAAGCUGAGAAACAAGGAUACUUUACCCUGGAUGAAUGGAGAAGAGGUCUCAGAGCAUUGCGAGCAGAUACAAUUGUUAAACUGAAAAAAGCACUUCCUGACCUUGAGAAAGAGGUUAGGAGACCGUCAACAUUUGAGGAUUUCUACACAUAUGCGUUCCGAUAUUGUCUAACAGAGGAAAAACAAAAGAGCAUUGAUAUUGAGAGUAUAUGUGUUCUACUGGAUCUUGUUUUGGGAUCCCGAUUUGGACCACAAGUUGACUAUUUGGUUCAGUAUCUUAAGACACAGACUGAUUACAUGGUUAUAAACAUGGAUCAGUGGAAGGGGUUUUAUCGUUUUUGCACUGAGAUAAGCUUCCCAGACCUUAGUAACUAUGACCCGGACUCUGCUUGGCCCUGGAUCUUGGAUAAUUUUGUUGACUGGAUGAGAGCGAAGCAGGGUUAAGGUUAAAUUUAGAUGCAAACUUAGCCUUCCUCCCCAAAAUGCCAUCCUCAAAGUAAGCAAUCACGUUCCCUAUUCCAUAGAUGGGGAUGCUCAGCGGUCUCAAAUGUGACAAGAGGCGUCAUUGCACAAUCUAUUGGCUAUGUGACUUUCACGUGUGUGCGGGACCAGAUAUGUUGAUCCUCAAGCACGAGUUUAGCGCAGGGGCUGUUAAGAGUCUUGUCACAAUAUUAUGCUUAGCAUUGUUAUGAGAUGAAUUCAGAUCUUUUUGGGAGAAUGCAUUACCAUUAUAUGACAGAAUUGAUAUGCUUGCAGGAUUCAAGCAAGACUAUACACAUCAAGUUGGCUGCCUUCUGCACCAUCUUCUGUUUAGAAGCUUUUGCUUUUAUUUUUACUGAUUGAUGUUCUUUCUUUCCUUUUUUUUUAUUGGGUGUAGGGAACGGAUAAAAAAUGAAAGGUGCCUUAUUCUUGCAGAACUGAAUCUCUUGCUAGAACAGCUUCGCAUCUAGUUGCUUCUGUGUUACAUGGAAAACUUGUUACUACUAUAUAAAAGUUUCAAUAUUGUCGUC